GCCGCCCCCUCAGGCCGUGGCGGCACCACCCACCCGGCCGCGGCCGACCCCGCGCCGGCCACCACGGACGUGGAGGAGGCGGCGGCGGCGGGCGGAGCCGGGCCCGGGCCGAGGGGACCGUCCCGGCGUGGCGGAGCCGCCGCCGCUCGGUAGGGCCGGAGCGAGGGCGGGCUCAGCGGGGCCUCCGCGGCCGGGCUCGCCCCGCAGGGCUGCGCCGGGCCCGGGCCGGCCGCGCCGCUGGGGCCUCGGCGGGGAGCGAGCGAGGCGAGGAGGGAGGCCCGGCCCGGCCCGGUGCUCCCGGGACGGAGCGGGCAGCGGGAGAGCCAGCCCCGCGUCCUCCGCCCGCAGCUUUGUUCGCCGCGCCCUCCUCGGGGCCGGGGACCGGGCCGGUGCCCCCGGAGCUGCCGCGUCCUUUCUUUGCCCGCUCUCGGUCGCGGAGCAUCGUCUGCGGGACUGGUGCGGAGGAAACAACAGGUCUCGCUCCCUGCUCGCCUGCCAAAGCGACGCCAGCGCCUUGCUCUUGGGAUUAUAAAUGUUUGAACUAAGACGCAGGGAACGGGAAGGAGAGCUUCCCGUUGGAAUUAAUAUAAGAGAAAAGAAGGGAGGCUUUUCCAAAUCCUCUGCAAGAAAGCUCAUGCUGUUUUCCCCUGCUCUGUUUAAUAAUGCGAUUGUGACCUGAGUGGAAUUUAUGAGCGAUGAAGUGUUGAAGCUUGUUACAUCUCUGCAUCGGACUACAUUAUUAUUUUUUUUUUUGGUCAGCACAUGAUUCCUCUAUCCCAGCUGUUGCAGGACCUAUGGGCCAGUAAUAGAGGGAUGGGAAGCUGAGACAGUUUAUUUUCACAUUCUUCUGUGCCGGGGACUUCACGAGCUAGCUGAAGCUGCUGCUUUUUACUGGAUCUGCUCUUUCCUCGGCAGGCUUUUUAUUAUUUUUUUUCAUGUGUUUUGAUUAAACAGUCAUUGGACUGAAGCUGGAUGGGUGCUUUGCAAUCCAAAGGGUUUUGGGGGAUAACAGAAAACUGCUAAAACAGAGAAGAACUGGUGCUGCAGGACACCUGGGGCCUGUUUUCCAAGCCUUUUCGUUUUAUUGAGCAAGAUGAUGUGUGAGGUGAUGCCAACCAUCAGUGAGGCCGAGAUUCCCGCCGGGGGAAAUGGAGGCCACGGUUCAGGUUCCCCGCUGCAGUCAGAUGCUGAUUCCCACUUUGAGCAGUUAAUGGUGUCCAUGCUGGAGGAGAGGGAUCGCCUGCUGGAAACGCUCCGAGAAACUCAGGAGACGCUCGCCCUCACCCAGGGCAAGCUGCAUGAGGUUGGCCAUGAGAGAGAUUCCUUGCAGAGGCAGCUCAAUACUGCACUUCCACAGGAAUUUGCAGCGCUCACAAAAGAGCUGAAUGUAUGCAGGGAGCAGCUGCUUGAAAGGGAAGAAGAAAUUGCUGAACUGAAAGCAGAAAGGAAUAACACGAGGCUAUUACUGGAACAUUUGGAGUGUCUUGUCUCCAGGCAUGAGCGAUCCCUCAGGAUGACUGUUGUGAAGAGACAAGCUCAGUCUCCAGCAGGAGUUUCUAGUGAAGUAGAAGUUCUCAAAGCACUAAAAUCCUUAUUUGAGCACCACAAAGCCCUUGAUGAAAAGGUAAGGGAGAGAUUACGAGUAGCACUUGAAAGGUGUAGCUUAUUGGAAGAAGAACUAGGUACUACACAUAAAGAGUUAAUGAUUCUGAAAGAGCAAAAUAAUCAGAAGAAAACACUUCCAGAUGGGAUGCUGGAUAUAAAUCAUGAACAAGAAAAUACACCAACUACAAAUGGGAAGAGAUCCUCUGAUGGUUCAUUAUGCCAUGAUGAAAACCUUGCUAAAGUGAUUGAACUCCAAGACAUCAUAGAUAAGCAAAACAAAGAGCAGACACAAAUGAAAGAACGCCUCACUGCUUUGUCCAGCAGAGUAACAGAGCUGGAAGAAGAUCUAGACACAGCAAGGAAAGACUUAAUAAAAUCUGAAGAAAUGAACACAAAGUUACAGAGGGAUGUACGAGAGACCCUGGCCCAGAAGGAGGACAUGGAGGAGAGAAUCACCACUCUGGAGAAACGCUACCUCGCUGCACAACGUGAAGCUACAUCCGUGCACGACCUCAAUGAUAAACUUGAAAAUGAAAUUGCCACUAAAGACUCCAUGCACCGACAGAGCGAAGAUAAGAACAGGCAGCUGCAAGAGCGACUGGAACUGGCUGAGCAAAAGCUGCAGCAGACCCUGAGAAAAGCUGAGACUUUGCCAGAGGUGGAGGCUGAGCUGGCACAGAGAGUGGCAGCUCUUACAAAGUCUGACCUUUUGUCUCCUGGGAGCUCUGCUGCUAAAGAUGCUAAAGUUUUGGAACUUGCCACCAAGCUUAGGAAGGCUGAGGAGAGACACGGCAAUAUUGAGGAGCGGCUGAGACAGAUGGAGGCACAGCUUGAAGAGAAGAAUCAAGAACUGCAAAGGGCUAGACAGAGAGAGAAGAUGAAUGAAGAGCAUAAUAAACGUUUGUCAGAAACUGUUGAUAAGCUUCUGUCUGAAUCCAAUGAAAGGCUCCAGCUUCAUCUCAAGGAGAGGAUGGCCGCCCUGGAAGACAAGAAUUCACUUCUUCGAGAAAUUGAAAAUGCAAAAAAACAAAUAGAAGAACUUCAGCAUGAAAAGGAUCAACUUGUAUUAAAUGUUGAUGCAUUAAGGGCUGAAAACGACCAAGUGAGGCUCAGAGCCACAUCACUUCAUCAUAGCAGAGCGGAUUUCAGGUUCCCUGUGCCACCCUCCUCUGUGGGGGACAGUCACACAGACUCCUACGGCACGUCCUCCGUGCUGAGGCGGCCCCAGAAGGGGCGUCUGGCUGCUCUCAGGGACGAGCCUUCGAAGGUUCAGACCCUCAAUGAGCAGGAUUGGGAGCGGGCCCAGCAAGCCAGUGUGUUGGCAAAUGUGGCACAAGCAUUUGAGAGUGAUGUGGAUGUGUCUGACAUGGAGGACGACAGGGAGACCAUUUUCAGCUCAGUUGAUCUGCUGUCACCAAGUGGUCAGGCCGACGCUCAGACUUUGGCCAUCAUGCUGCAGGAACAGUUGGAUGCAAUCAACAAAGAGAUCAGACUGAUCCAGGAGGAGAAGGAGAACACGGAGCAGCGUGCGGAGGAGAUCGAGAGCCGCGUGGGCAGCGGCAGCCUGGAGGCGCACGGCCGGUUCCGCUCGCUGGGCUCCAUCGGCCCCGCGCUCGGCGGGGCCCUGGCCGGCUCCUCCCCGCCCGGCAGCGGCCGCUCCACGCCCCGCCGCGUCCCGCACAGCCCCGCCAGGGAGGUGGACAGGCUGGGCAUCAUGACUCUGCCUAGUGAUUUAAGGAAACACCGUAGAAAGUCUCCAGCUUCCAGAGAAGAGGUACGAGAUGACAAAACCACCAUAAAAUGUGAGACAUCACCACCUUCUUCACCUCGGUCCUUGCGUCUGGACAGAGUCCAGAAAGGAGCUCUGCACACAGUGAGCCACGAAGAUAUCAGGGACAUUAGGAAUUCAACAGGUUCACAAGAUGGCCAAACAAGUAAUCCUAGUAGCAGUAACAGCAGCCAAGAUUCCCUCCACAAAGCCCCCAAAAAGAAGGGGAUCAAAUCCUCCAUUGGCCGCCUGUUUGGCAAGAAGGAAAAGGGACGACCUGGACAAGGAAGCAAGGAAGCUCUAGGACAAGGUGGUCUGGGAGAAGCAGAUGGUUCCUCUCAGGAUGCAUUAGGCCUCAGCAAACUUGGAGGUCAGGCAGAGAAAAACAGGAAAAUGCAGAAAAAGCACGAGUUGCUGGAGGAAGCCAGAAGACAAGGUUUGCCUUUUGCACAGUGGGAUGGGCCCACUGUGGUGGUGUGGCUGGAGCUGUGGGUGGGGAUGCCAGCCUGGUACGUGGCUGCCUGCCGAGCCAAUGUGAAAAGCGGUGCUAUCAUGUCAGCCCUGUCUGACACGGAAAUCCAGCGGGAAAUUGGCAUCAGCAAUCCCCUGCACAGGCUCAAGCUGCGCCUGGCUAUCCAGGAAAUCAUGUCCCUCACCAGCCCCUCUGCCCCUCCCACCUCAAGGACGACCACGGGAAAUGUCUGGGUAACACAUGAAGAGAUGGAAAAUCUUACAGCCACACAACAAACGGAAGAUGAGGAGGGAAGCUGGGCUCAGACAUUAGCCUAUGGUGACAUGAACCACGAGUGGAUUGGCAAUGAGUGGCUGCCAAGCCUGGGGCUCCCUCAGUACCGCAGCUACUUCAUGGAAUGUCUGGUGGACGCUCGGAUGCUGGAUCACUUGACUAAAAAAGAUCUGCGUGGGCAGCUGAAAAUGGUGGACAGCUUUCACAGGAACAGUUUUCAGUGUGGAAUUAUGUGCCUCCGAAGACUGAAUUAUGAUCGAAAAGAACUGGAAAGGAAAAGAGAAGAAAGCCAGAAUGAAAUUAAGGAUGUUCUGGUGUGGAGCAACGAGAGGAUGAUCCACUGGGUGGUGUCCAUCGGCCUUAAGGAAUACGCGAACAACCUGCUCGAGAGCGGCGUUCACGGCGCACUUGUGGCCUUAGAUGAAUCCUUUGAUUACAAUGCAUUAGCUCUCCUGCUGCAGAUCCCCACUCAAAACACACAGGCUCGUGCUGUUCUGGAGAGGGAAUUCAAUAACCUCCUUGCUAUGGGAACUGAUAGAAGACUUGAUGAAGAUGAUGAUAAGAGCUUUAGGAGAGCACCUUCGUGGAGAAAGAAGUUUAGACCAAAGGACAUAAGAGGUUUAGCUGCUGGAUCAGCAGAGACUCUUCCUGCAAAUUUCAGAGUUACAACCUCAAUGUCUUCACCCUCUAUGCAGCCAAAGAAGAUGCAGAUUGAUGGCAGUGUAUCAGGAACACAAAGAUUGGAUUCUGCCACAGUAAGGACCUACUCCUGUUAAAGCCUUCUCCUGCUGGAGAUUGCAGGAGGCAAUAAAGUGAUAUCCAGCAUGGCAUGGCAGUAAUUCAGUGCAUCACUGCUGCUGAGCUGUUUGUGACAAUCAUGGAAUGCAAUGGUGGUUAAAACCUGCUAAUGGAAUCUUCUGUGUUUUUUUCUUUUUGUGUGUUGUUUUUGUUUGUUGUUUUUGCAGUUUACCCACACUAUUUCUACCGGUGAUAUGCAGCAUUUUGAACAUUUGGAACCCUUAACCUGUUAAUACUUGUUAAAUGGACACUUUGAGAUAUUUUAUUACAGAGUUUUUAAUUAGCAAAUAAAUUCAUGAGUACUAUAGAGAAAAUAUUUUAGAAUCUAAAUGUUUCUUAUAUUUAUGUGACUUGUCAUUUAUAUAGUUACUUACUUUUUCUGUUUCUAUUCAGUCUACAAAUCAAAUCAUUGCUGAUUUUUUAUUCUAAUUUUAGUCUUUCCAACUGAAUGUACUGUAAUGCUUGUAUGUAUAUGUCCCUAUGAGCAAUAUAGGGUUUUUGUAAAUUAUGCAGUAACUGUAAUUAUCAUUGUUUUUUAAUAAUGGAACUGAAGGUGAAAAGGAUUUUAAUACCUUUGUAAAAGUAUCAUGACACCGAGCAGUAUAUAUUUUGUCUUUUGGAGCUCUUAGCUUAGAUCUGAAAACAAGUUCAGCUUUUUUCAGGUGAGCCUUUGUUGAUGUAGAGGGGACGGUACAUGAGUGUUGUUCUUCUUAGAGCUGUACCUUUCCACACAGAGGAUGUGUCAAGUAGUGGCAAUUUGUCUGUAUUUAAAGUAGAACUGGUUUGAAAGGCUGGGAGGAACUCCUAACCCUGCGGGACGCGUUGUAGGAGCGAUUGCCUCAGCCCUAACACCCUCUGCUGUGUUGUGUAGUGACUCUUCGCAGUGACUGAAAACAAGCCAUAAACCCAGGACUGGUUUUAUUUUUGCUUUUCCUUCCCUGAGGAAGAUAGACUUCGUAAUGAUUCCUGGUCGUGAGCCACAGGCCACAGAGAGGUUUUUUUGUCCUAGACCUUUUUGCUUGAAAACACUUGGUGGAAAGAUGCUGGUGGAACCAGUUUUGAUGGACCAAUCCUAAAGCACUGCAGCCUCCUGUCAAAUGAGUAGUGAAAGAUGAAGGUACAAUGGGCUGAAAACUAAAGCAGUGCAUCUUCUAAUAAAGGCCUUACUUUUCUUAUGUAAGUCAUCCUAUGUGUUUUGUAAACUUGUUCUAAAGACUUGUCUGGACUUUAAUUUGGAUGGUUGUAGCCAUUUUGGACUGUAUGAGUAGAAAAUGUAUCUGACACUUGUAAAUGGCAUAUUAAGAAGCCAGCAAGAAUCUGUUCAGAUGGUGCAUUAUUUAUUAUGCAACAAUAUAUAUAGCAUGUCUUUUUUCUUAUUUUGUUUUCCACUUUUAACUUGCUUGUAAAACUGAAAUUCAUUGUUACUGUUCUGUUUUUCUAUUAAUCUUUUGUGUAUUUUCAGAUUAUGUAACAAUAUGUACAGUCUACUUUUGAACUAUUUUUAUCACAGUAUUAUUUAUUGCUUUCAAUAAAGUACUGAUGCAUUUUCCACUGCCAAUAAAACACUAUGGAAAAGCUAAGAUCUAAUUGUAUGCAGGCAGAAACCUUUGCAGUGAGUGGAUAUUGUCAAUAAAGCAUCUUAACUAUUGUUUGCUGCCCUGUAGAUCUGGUUUCAAAUGAUGACCUUUCUCCAGUAGCAAAAAUAUUCCAUUAGAUGUGACAUUUUCUUUGGAAUUGUUCAAGUUCACAUGCAUUAAUGUCAGUUUUCUGGAAAAAAACUGCUUUUUUGCCUACUUCUGCUCGUCAUUAGAGCUUUGAGUUGCUUUUUAAAAUAAUAAACCAGACCUGACACACAACUUCAGUGUAUUCUGGUCCACGUGGUGAAGAUGGAAAUGCUGUCCUAGACAGCAACAACAGUUGCUUUGGUAAUAAAAUGAAAUCAUGGCCAUACUGAUAUUUGGGGAGAAACAUAGGAGUUGAGGGAACCAGUGCAAAAUGGGGUCACAAUAGAGCUGUUCAUGUCAAUUUUGAUAUAUUUGUAAACCAUUUCAUUGAGUACAAGACUGAGGGAUAAAGUUGCAGAAUAAUGAAAGGAGUCGUGGAGCAUAUUUCAUCAUGUCCUCCAGAUCAACAGCAGGAUGUGGAAUGCCUGGAGAAACACUGCCAUGGACGCUCUAAACCUUAUUUCGUGAUGCAUCUCUGUUUGUCUGGCUUGUCUGUACAAGUUGCUGUCUGUUCAUUUGCAGUCUCUUUUAUAUUCUCAGAGAAUCUA